CGAGACGCUCUGUCUACAUACAAUUUCAGAGAAGGAUCUGUAAAUGAUAGGGCAGCAUAAAUGGAGAACAUGACUUUCAUCACUUCAUCCACUGGGGAAAAGAGGUCUGUUAUUGUGAGACGGACAGAGUCCUGUGAUGCUCACAAGAUUACUGAGCUGAUCAGUCCAGCAACUGCAGCAGUCUUUGGCAAAGUGAAUGUAAUCUACCUGCUGGAAAAGGCUAACCUGGCCAUUACUAUAAGCACUGAACAAAAUGAAGUCCUGGCCCAUGCUGCAUUCGUUGACCAUCCCAUCGGUGACCUGGUGGAUCAGGCUUCGUGGGAACAGCUACUUCUAACCCAUUUUAAUGCCACAAACCUCACACCUUUAAACACAAUUUUCCUGCAUCUAUUUGUGGCCCAGUCCGACUUUUCUAUUUCCAGCGCUAAAGAGAUUAUCAGGACUGUGUUUAAUGCCAUCACAGAGCUGGAAUACAUCUGCCUCGUCACACCCUACAGCCGCAGAGUCGAGCCAGCUCUGAUGGACAAUUUUGAGCAUAUGCCCUGUGCUACAAAUGCAGUCCAUUGUAGUGCAUUUGUGUGCCACAGACACAACUACUGUCCAAGAAUGCAUGUGCGCAGAGCCAGGGUAGAAGAUAUUGUCGACCUCAAAUACUUAAAGCAGAUGAAGACUCUGAGUGAUUGUUGGCCUGACCCGGAUACCCUGGCCGAAAAGAUCGAGGCUAAGGAUGAGAUGAAUCAUGUGGCCGUGUUUGAGAAUGGCGGCCUUGCUGUUGGCUUCAUCAUUGUCUCUGGUAACGUCAAUCUGCUACUGCUAAACACGGAAUACGAGCUCAGGCCCUUUAAUGGACUUAAAAAGAAGAACGCAGAGAAGCAAAGUGAGGAUCUGGACCAAUCACAGCAGACCAAGUCCACAGAUGACGUCAGUGAUCCUCAGAAACCCAACACACAGCCUGAGGUCAAGGAGACUGAACUUAUCGAAGCUCACACAGAAGACAGUAGAGAAGACAUCACCGUUUCAGAAGAAGAAAAUAAUGCUUUUUUGAUCCAAAUAAAAAUUGAUAAAAUGUUUGAAACGAGGGCCAUGGACUGCCUGCCUUAUGUUUUUCAACUUUUCCCAGAUCGGGAUUUCUGCAUUAUUUUGGUGCACACGCUGGAACCGGAUUCCCCUAUACUGCAGAGCUUUGCUAGAGCCAUUCCACGCGACUGCAGACACUGUGAUCUUUACGUCCUCCACCGUUCAGGCCUCCUCAAGACACUAGAAGUGCGUGUUGCUGUUCCUGAAGAUAAAUCUGCAAUUCAGGAACUGGUUCCUCAGCAUGAAACCCUGAUAAAGGAUCUGGAUCUGUUCUUCAACCAACACUCAGACAUUCAGGCAUUUGUAGCACAGGCUAAAGGCCAGGUAGUUGGUGUGUUGGUCAUGAAAAAUGAGCAAGACAUUGAGUACAUUCGUGCCAACUAUGACAUUGAGAACUUUGUGUACUUCAGUCAGCACCAACGUGAAGAACAUGGCCGGCUGUGCCAAUUUGCCCUAAACCCCAUUUUCCAGCAUUAUGCCAAGCAUUUCCUGAAGGAGGCACUGCGCCUUUCUCAUAAAUCCUGCCUGUACUACCGCAUUUACCCAUCUUACCAGAGUGACAAGAAUGACAGUGCCCACUCCCUGAUAGCAGUGCUGAAUUGUACGGUGCCAGUGCAUCCACGACGCCAGAUCAUCUACCCAUUGGAGGAUUUGGGCAUCAACGCACCUUCCACUGUCAUUACAACGGAGCAGGUCCCCUACGCACUGAAUCACAUUAACCGGAAGCUCACGAUGGAAUCCAAAGUUAAUAUCAACGCCAAGAUUGUGGUGGUAGGAGCUUCGGACACCGGCUUGGCCUUCCUGGAAACGCUUGCAUUUUGCCCACACCUGCAGUUCAACAACCUGACUCUCAUAUCUCCUCAUGGCUUACCAGAAGACCGUCACAUUGACAACAUUAGCUUUCUAGCUACAAGUCAUUGCUACAGCGAGCGGGAUCAUGCUCAGUUCUCGCUGUGCUCGUGGGUCAAUGUGGUGAAGGGAAAAAUGACAGCCAUAGACAGAAGUAGGACAUUUGUACAAGUCAAUGAAGAUCAACACAUUUACUAUGAUCAUCUAAUCCUCUGCACUGGACAGCAAUACCAGAUGCUUUGUCCUACUGGAGUGGACAUCAGUACACAGUCAUUGACCAACUUGGUGCCGGAACAACACAGUAGCAGAUAUACUGGUCACAUUCCCUCCAACUUGUUUACUUUAAAUGACCAGGAGGACUGCACUCAGGCCUACCAAUGGGUUAUGGAGAACUUUGUCCAGCAGGAAGGUAAUGCUGUGGUUUACGGGGAUACCAUAGAUGUCUACACCUGUGUAGAGACACUGCUGCAAUUGGGUAUAUCGGGGUCACGAAUCCAUCUGGUCCGCCAGACUGCACCCGGAUCUCUAUCCUGUUUUCAGAGCCUGACUGUAGACCAGGCAGUGAGUACAGCUCUGGAGAAACAUGAUGUUCAUGUGUAUCACAAUGGUUUGCUGGCUCAGAUGAACGAUGGACAGCACCCUGAACCGCUCACGUCUGUCUCAUUUACCACGGAUGGCCCACCCCUCAGACUGGAAUGUACAGUCUUCUUUAACUUUUCCCAUAAAGGUGUGGACUAUGACGCCUUCAAGGCCAUCAAUAACGCCUAUCUGUUGUUUGACGGCCGUCUGGUUAUCAACCACACCUACCACACGAAUGACUGCAACGUCCAUGCUGCUGGACCCUUAACGAAGUUAUCUCGCUCCUGCUAUGCUGAUCAGUGGUCCCACUCUUACUUUAACUCCAAGGAGGUGGGCCAGGAACUAGCAGCCAUGUUUCUCCGCUUAUUUGACCCGACACUGGAGUCAUCAGCCAAACCUGCACCAGAUGCUGAUCGUCUCAUACUCGUCUACAAGCAGCCUAAGAUAACAGGUGGAAAGCUACCAGGUGGAUACCAUUAUCUCCAUGUCACAAAACCCUCAGGCUACACAGAUGUAUCUCCAUCAGUUAGCAGCACACAGGGCCGGAGCAUUGUGACAGGCAGUGUGGAGACAGGAAACUACUUCCAGCUGCAUUUCAGUCAGCAUAGCAUAGUGGAAAGCAUCACCUGUUUGUCCUUUAACCCACUUCCUGUCUCCAACUAUCUCUGUCUAUACGGCAAACACCAGCUGCUGCUCAACCGGCUGUACGCGCGCACCGACGAAGAGCUGAUUCAUGACCUCUACAGCUUUUUCAGAGAGAGUUGGUGCAUGGCCGUAUUCCAUGAUCGCUUUGCUGAUUUCCAACAGGAAGUUCAUCAGAUCAUGACAUCCAAGCUUGGCAGUGACUCGCUGUCCAUGGCAAAGCCCUUGGAGAUGGUCACAGAUGGCACACUAGAGAGCUCUGAAGAUCAGAAUGGACGAAAUGAAGCGCUCGCCAAAGUGAAGGAAAGCGUUCUAGAGUACCUACAGUUUAAUCAUUACCAUCUCCCAAUGUAUACACAACCUGGCCUACCCUCACUUUAACACAUUGAUGUUUAGUUAUAGAUAAGUAUUAGAAAUAAUACUGACAAGCACAGCCUCAGUGUAA